AGGUGUGGUCCUUAAAGUGUCAAACUCCGCCCACCAUCGAGCCGAAACGAGGCGCAGUUUGACGCACUUGAGGCUUGUGUCCCUCCACAUUCAGCCCGGUGUCUCAGCUCGUUAACGGCGCGCCGGAGUUAUGGCAAACUUCAUGGACUACGCCUACCCAGCUGGAGACGAAAGCGACGCCAGCAACGACGAGUGGGACAUCGGGCAAUACCCGGAUAAAAAGUCUUCUUGCAUCCAGGAACUUGAUGCUCCUGUACCACAUGCAGAAGAUAGUGUGUCAAAGUUGAAACAAGCCAUCAGUAAAGGAGACAUUGCGACUGUUGAGCAGCUGCUGGACAAUGGUGUGGAUGUGGAGACCAGGCUUGGGUUUGAAUGGACUCCUCUGAUGGCUGCCGUCAGUGUGGCUAACUACGACUUGGCCAAACUGCUACUGGACAAAGGAGCCAAUGCAAAUUUCAGCAAAGAUCACUUCACAGUGCUCAUGGCCAGCUGCACGGCUUCUGCCAGUGAAGACAAAAUUGCAUGUUGUGUGGAGCUUCUGCUGUCCAGAAAUGCUGAUCCCAACAUGGUGGACAGGUCUCAAAUGACUUGCUUGACACUGGCAGCCAGGAAUGGCUACAGUAAGGUCAUCAACAUACUGGUGUCCCAUAGAGCAAAUAUCAACGCCCAGGAUGGCCAGGGAUACACAGCUUUGUCUGUAGCUGUGCAGUAUGGCAGAAAGGAGGCAGUGCUAAAACUCCUUCAGCUGGGAGCAGACAAAAACAUAAAGACAAAAGCUGGCAAGAGGCCUGCCGACCUGGCUGAGAUGUUCAAACACACACAGAUAGCCAGGAUUCUGGCCUCUUCAUCCCACAUGUCUACUGUUGGGACCUUCUGUUCCAAGGAGACCCUCUCUAAGUUCUUCAAGACUAACUCUGAAUUGCCACGUUCCAACGAAAGUCUAAGCAAGCUUGCUGACCUGGAGCUUCUCCUUCAUGGCCUCGAUCUUGGCUACCUUGUGGACAUCAUGACUGAAAAUGACAUCAGCUGGAACUACCUGUUGACCAUGGAGAAGGAGGACCUUGAGAAGAUUGGUAUCACAGAUCCAGUGGACCAGCAGAAGUUGUUGAGUUCUGUGCAGCAGAUGCACCUGGACGAAAUGGACACAUUCACUCUGCUGGAAGCUGCAGAGAGUGGGAGUGAGGAGCUGCAAAACUUCAUCAUAAGUGUGAGACAGCAGUGCUGCUACCUGACGGAAAUGAUUCAAGACGCCAUCAGCCGUUUGCCCCGUCAGCCCUCUCAGUUGGUCUUCUCACUGGACCCAAAGAAGGAGGCCCAGGCUAUCUGCAACCAGCUAGUGCUCCAGACUAAAGACCUGCAGAAAGAAAUCAUCUGCCUUCGCAAUCUGCUAAGCCAGAUGGAUGAAGCCGGUGAUUGCAGUCAGCUUCCUCAACCUGUUUCCCACGACAACUGGAGGAUGUGGUCCUGGACCAGAGUUGCCCUGAGCACGCUCGGUGUCGCCUUCCUGCUGCUCCUCUACAAAGCUGCCCCGGCCAAGGUUUACCUACAGAUGUGCAGGAAUGUAUUCUAAUAACCUUACAGUUGUGUCCAUCAGUUAGUGAGCUUUAGAGUUAAUUAGCGAAUUAAUCAUACUAUUAUUGUGUUAAGUCACUGUAGCUAAUAAGUUGGUUUAUGAAAGGGUUUCUGUUUUACAAGUGGUUGACAAGACAGUUUUACUUUUUAUGCAGUGUUUUGUUUCCCAGUUUGCUUGGACUUGUCAUCAAGUUAAGUUCUUAAUUAUUUUUAAGUUAUUUUACAUUUAAAGAGUAAAGUGAUAAUUAAAGUUUCUUUUAAUAAGCAUUUUCUUUUCUCUUUUUUUCUUUUAGUUUACAAAAUAUAACAUCUAGAUAAUGAAGCAGUUUUAAAGGACAGAUUAAAACUUCCAGGCAUUAAAGUUAUGGACAGGUGAGAAAAAAAAAAUGCUUUUUUACUUUCUUUCCUAUAGUGAGAUGAGAAGAUUGAUGUCAGCCUCUUGUUUAUGUGCUGAAUAUAAGGAGGGAGUCAUCUAGCUUUUGCAGAAAGACUAGAGGCAAGCAACAACAGCUCCAACCAACACCUCUGAAGCUCAACAAAAAUUUUAGGAGGAGUUCCAUGGAAAUAGUUACGGUGCUGCAGUGAAGCUGACAGAUGACAAGCAAACAUUACAUUUCAGUGGAGGUACAUGUUUCACAAUUGGCAUACACUGUGCCAGUUGGUGAGCUUCAGUAGGUGCAUUUUUAUGCCUCUGCAACCGAGGCCAGAGGCAUUAUGUUUUAGGUUGUCUGUUUUUUUUAUCAGUUCCUCCAUUAUAUGAUAAGGGUCAUUCCAGAAUUGGAGGACAUUUUGGCUUCAAAGUUUUUG